GUAUUUGGGUAACUAACAGGGCUGCCACAUGCAGCGCAGCACUGACUCCUCAGAGCGCCGGUGCGGCCCUGAAAGAGUACCGGUGUGAACUCAUCAGGGCUAAGGUUCCGCCACUCGCUCUUUCAGCUAACGUUACAUGUUUUGUGUGGCCGCUCUGGGCCAUGGAUUCAGCCUCUUGCCGUAGCACAAUCUUUUUAUUUUCACCAAGCUAAUAAAAUCCACAACCUGAUUAAAGAAACAGUGGCCAGAUUGGUUACGUUAUUGGAGUGAGGCGUGUUGACCGGUGAAUGCAUAGAGUCAAGAAGGUAAAACUUUGUGAAAAUACAGAGGGUCUCUGGAAAAGCUGUUUGACAGUGGGAAUGACGGCUGUGGACGGCCUUUCGGACAGCACAGAGGUGGUUGAGAUGGAGGAUAUCCCAUCUCAGUUCUUUGUGGAGAAACACUCUUGGGAGGGCCUCCGUGACAUUAUCCACUGUAGCAGGAAGUACUCUGGCAUGAUCGCCAACAAGGCUCCCCACGAUUUCCAGUUUGUGCAGAAGAAGGAUGAGAAUGGACUCUACUCCCACCGCUUGUACUACCUCGGAAUGCCUUAUGGAAGUAGAGAGAACUCAUUACUCUACUCGGAAAUACCCAAGAAGAUCAGAAAAGAGGCCCUCUUGGUGUUGUCAUGGAAACAAAUGCUGGAUCACUUUCAGGCCACACCGCACCAGGGGGCCUACUCUCGAGAGGAGGAGUUGCUGAGGGAGCGUAAACGUCUCGGAGCCUUUGGUAUUACAUCCUAUGACUACCAUGCCCAGACUGGCCUGUUCCUCUUUCAGGCCAGCAAUAGCCUCUUCUACUGUCAGGAUGGAGGCAGCAAUGGCUUCAUAUCCGCUCCUGUAAAGCCCAUGGAGAUCAAGACCCAGUGCUCUGGGACCCGCAUGGACCCCAAGAUCUGCCCCGGAGACCCUGACUUCAUGGCCUUCAUCAACAAUAAUGACCUGUGGAUUGCCCACAUUAAGACUGGCGAGGAAAGGAGACUCACUUACUGCCACAAAGGGGUGGAUAAUGUAAAGGAAGACCCCAAGUCUGCAGGUGUAGCAACAUUUGUCAUCCAAGAAGAGUUUGACCGUUUCACAGGUUACUGGUGGAGUCCCUCAGCAGUUGAAGAUUCUAACGGAGGUAAAACAGUGUACCUUCUGUAUGAAGAGGUGGAUGAGACGGAAGUAGAGAUUAUUCAUGUCCCAUCUCCAGCGCUGGAGGAGCGGAAGGCGGACGCGUAUCGAUACCCGCGUACAGGUAGCAAAAAUCCCCAGGCUACCCUCAAACUGGCAGAGAUCAAGACAGACCACCAAGGAAGAAUUGUGAGCACACAAGAUAAAGAACUGGUUGUUCCCUUCACCUCCUUGUUUCCCGGGACGGAAUACAUCGCAAGAGUAGGAUGGACGAGUGACGGCAAAUAUGGCUGGGCAGUGCUGCUGGACCGCAGUCAGAGAAAACUCCAGCUGGUCCUUCUGCCUCCAGCCCUCUUCAUCCCCGUCACGGAUGACCCGGCUCAGAGGCAGGAGAGUGUGGAGGCGGUGCCCAGUGACACGCAGCCAUACAUCAUCCACGAGGAGACCACAGACGUCUGGAUUAAUGUUCAUGACAUAUUCUAUCCUUUUAUUCAAACGGCAGAAGACGAGUUCACCUUCAUUUGGGUGAACGAGUCUAAAACCGGUUUCAGCCAUCUGUAUAAAAUCACAUCCUUGUUACAACCGGGCUGCCGCCGUUGGUCAGAGGGCUACCAACACAUCGAGGGAGACUUCAAAUGUGCAAUCAAGGAGGAGUUCACACUGACCAGUGGAGAAUGGGAAGUGCUGGCCAGACAUGGUUCCAAGAUUUGGGUGAAUGAGGCAUCAAAGUUGGUGUACUUCCAGGGCACCAGAGACACACCUCUAGAGCACCACCUCUACGUGGUCAGCUACGACUCACCUGGAGAUGUGGUCAGGCUAACCAAGCCUGGCUUCUCUCAUAGCUGCUCUGUUAGUCAGAACUUUGACUUUUUUGUCAGCCACUACAGUAACGUGAGUACGCCUCCGUGUGUUCACGUCUACAAACUGAGCUGCUCAGAAGGUGAUCCACUACACAUGGUACCUGAAUUCUGGGCCAGCAUGAUGGAGUCACCAGGUUGCCCAGGAGAUUACAACCCACCGGAGAUUUUUGACUUUCCGGGGAAGUCGGGCUUCCAGCUCCACGGGAUGGUGUACAAGCCCCACAACCUGCAGCCCGGCAGGAAACACCCGACGGUUCUCUUUGUGUACGGAGGCCCACAGGUGCAGCUGGUGAACAACUCCUUCAAGGGGAUGAAGUACCUCCGUCUGAACACGCUGGCGUCUCUGGGCUAUGCCGUGGUCGUCAUUGAUGGGAGGGGUUCCUGUCAGAGGGGCCUGGAAUUUGAAGGAGCACUGAAAAACAAAAUGGGUCAGGUGGAGAUUGAAGACCAGGUGGAGGGGCUGCAGUAUGUGGCAGAGAAGUUUAAAUUUGUUGACCUGAGCCGGGUUGCCAUCCACGGCUGGUCCUACGGCGGUUUCCUCUCUCUCAUGGGCCUCAUUCAGCGCCCCAAUGUCUUCAAGUUGGCUAUUGCAGGUGCCCCGGUGACUGUGUGGAUGGCGUACGACACGGGCUACACAGAGCGUUACAUGGAUGUGCCGGAGAACAACCAGCAGGGCUACGAGGAAGGCUCGGUGGCUCUGCACGUGGACAAGCUGCCCAGCGAACCCAACCGUUUGCUGAUUCUGCACGGGUUUUUAGACGAGAACGUGCACUUUUUCCACACCAAUUUCCUCGUGUCACAGAUAAUCCGUGCUGGGAAGCCCUAUCAGCUUCAGGUUUACCCCAACGAGCGACACAGUAUUCGCUGCCCUGAGUCUGGAGAGCACUACGAGAUAAUGCUGCUGCACUUUCUACAACAAUACCUCUGAAGUGAGACAACAGGGGAGAAGUGAAGUCUAGUUUCCCCCUCAGUCCUCCUCCACCCCUCCAGCUCAGCGCCCAUCUUUACUCUCCCUCACCCCGAUCUCUCCAUGUGUUCACCCUGUCCCCGAGAGCGUGUAAGACACCAUGCAGCCACCGUCUCCUUGGAACUAGUCACGUAACCUUUCCACUCUCGCUCGCUCCAUCUCACGCUGUUACUUGUUACAUGAUCACUCUGUCUUCUCCAUGCCCCCCCCCCCCCCCCCCCCCUUGUGUACAGUCUUGGGUAUGGGUUACGAGCACAGAGAUUCGGUGUCCCACCCCGAAAGCUGGACAAAGACAAGUAUACAUUUUAGCAGGCUGCAUCGCAUUGACUCAUCGCUCACCCACGUCCUCAACUCUGCAACCAUGAUGGGUUUUGGCCAAAAGUUAUUGUGUAGUCCCCCCCCCCCCCCCCCCUCCCCCGCCACCCGCCACCCCCCACCUGUUUGGUUCACUUGAGUCAGUGGAAGGAAUGGGAUUACAGUUCUUGAAUAUGAAAUGGAAGAUAUACCCAUAUUUACACACUAUACAUUGUAACAUACAUACAGGCACACAUUUGCAAUAGCAAUUCAUACUGAGAGUCAGAACUCACAGUUUGUGUAACAAUGAAGAAAAGAGGAACACUGGGACUCUUGUUUUAAGCGAGUGUUGUUUAAAAUAAAAUAUUUUAUGGAAUUUUUAUUCUUUUUUUAAUUUUUUUCAUGCGUGCUACCAUGAGAUGGCCGCUCAUUGAUAUUUUUCUGCAGUUCUUUCCCCUCACAUUACAUUUCUUUGAGAUGUCUGCUUGCCUUCUUAACACAUAAUUUAUAUUUGCCAAAGUACCUCUUGACUCUUGAUCAUACUGGUAUGUCCUUUUUUUACUGCAAUAAAGACAACAGGAGGGUGA